AAUGAGGACCGCGGGGCGCCUGCCGGCGCCCGUGCUGGUGCUGGUGCCGGUGCUGGUGCCGGUGCUGUCGGCACUGCUGGGGCUGUGCAGCGCGGAGCGGCAGGCGCUGGUGGUGCCGCGGCGCCUGGGCGCUGUCGGCGGCCGGCAGCGCUUCCGCCUGGAGGCCUUCGGGGAGCCUCUGACGCUGGAGCUGGAGCCGGACAGCAGCUUCCUGGCCCCGGACUUCACCCUGCAGUACCUGGGCGGGCCGCCGCCGCCGCCGGAGGACGAUCUCUCUCGCUGCUUCUAUUCCGGCACCGUCAACCGGGACCCUAGCUCCGCAGCCGCCCUCAGCCUAUGCGCGGGGAUGCGCGGCGCCUUCUCCCUUCAGGGCCGCCAGUACCUCAUCCAGCCGGCCCCCGGCACCGCGCACAGCCGCGGUGCCCACCUCCUCCGCCUGCGCGGGGCCCGCCGCGCUGCCCCCGCUGCCCGCUGCGCCGUGGCUGAGGCCGAGGAGGGGACGGGAACGGGGCCCUCCGGGCACGCAGAAACGGGAAGCAGAAGGAAAAAAAGGUUCGUGUCCAGCCCCCGCUACGUGGAGACCAUGCUGGUAGCCGACCAGUCCAUGGCCGAGUUCCACGGCAGCGGGCUGAAGCACUAUCUCCUGACGCUGCUCUCUGUGGCAGCCAAGUUGUACAAGCAUCCCAGCAUUCGCAACUCCAUCAGCCUCGUGGUGGUGAAAAUCAUGGUCAUUUAUGAGGAGCGGAAGGGACCUGAUAUCUCUUCCAACGCAGCCCUUACUUUGAGAAACUUCUGCAGCUGGCAGAAGCAGCACAACCCACCCAGUGAUCGGCACGCGGAGCACUACGACACAGCAAUCCUUUUCACCAGGCAGGACCUUUGCGGUGCCAAGACAUGUGAUACUCUUGGGAUGGCUGAUGUGGGGACGGUUUGUGAUCUAAACCGCAGUUGCUCUAUCAUAGAAGAUGAUGGUUUACAGGCUGCCUUUACAACAGCCCACGAACUAGGCCACGUGUUUAACAUGCCUCAUGACGAUGCAAAGCAGUGUGCUGGUAUUAAUGGAAUAAGCCGGGACUUCCACAUGAUGGCAUCUAUGCUUUCCAAUCUGGACCGCAGCCAGCCGUGGUCUCCGUGUAGUGCCUACAUGAUUACAACAUUUUUGGAUAACGGUCAUGGUGAGUGUCUGUUGGACAAGCCCCACAAACCAAUCCAGCUUCCUUCUGACUUGCCUGGCACUUUGUACGAUGCAAACAGACAGUGCCAGUUUACAUUUGGAGAUGAGUCCAAGCACUGUCCCGAUGCAGCCAGUACGUGUACGACACUGUGGUGUACUGGCACUUCUGGGGGACUGCUUGUGUGCCAAACCAAACACUUCCCUUGGGCAGACGGCACCAGUUGUGGGGAAGGGAAGUGGUGCAUGAAUGGCAAGUGUGUGAAUAAAACUGAGAAGAAGCAUUAUGAUACACCAGUGCAUGGGAGCUGGGGGUCCUGGGGGGCGUGGGGAGAGUGCUCCCGGACCUGCGGUGGUGGAGUGCAGUACUCCUUCAGGGAGUGUGACAACCCUGUCCCGAGGAAUGGGGGAAAAUACUGUGAAGGAAAGCGGGUGCAAUACAGAUCAUGUAACAUUGAGGACUGUCCAGACAAUGAUGGCAAAACCUUUAGGGAGGAACAAUGCGAAAAGCACAAUGAGUUUUCCAAGUCUCCCUUUGGAAGUGGACCUGCAGUGGAGUGGACACCCAAGUUUGCCGGUGUGUCUCCGAAGGACAGAUGCAAGCUGGUCUGCCGAGCAAAAGGAACAGGAUACUUCUUUGUUUUACAGCCAAAGGUUGUGGAUGGUACUCUGUGUAGCCCCGAUUCCACCUCUGUCUGCGUCCAGGGGCAGUGUGUAAAGGCUGGCUGUGACCGUAUGAUAGGGUCCAAUAAGAAGUUUGAUAAAUGUGGUAUCUGCGGUGGCAAUGGAUCCACUUGCAAGAAAGUGUCUGGCACACUUGUUAGAGCAAAACCUGGCUACCAUGAUGUUGUCACCAUCCCAGCUGGGGCGACGAACAUCGAGGUGAAGCAGCGAAACCACAGGGGUGCAAGGCAUGACGGCAGCUUCCUCGCCAUCAAAGCUGCAGAUGGCACCUAUGUCCUCAACGGUGAUUACACCCUGUCAACACUGGAGCAGGACAUCACCUACAAGGGCAGCGUGCUGAGGUACAGCGGCUCCUCCGCUGCCUUGGAGAGGAUCCGCAGUUUCAGUCCUCUGAAGGAGCCCCUGACGAUCCAGGUCCUCACAGUAGGAGACCUGCCACAGCCCAAGAUCAAGUUCACCUAUUUUGUGAAGAAGCCCUCGCAGCCUGGGUCAGAGAAAGCACCCACUAGAAAGAAAGAGUCCUUCAAUGCCAUCAGGGAGAUCAUCUCCUCCGAGUGGGUAAUCAAGGAUUGGGGCGAGUGCUCCAAGUCGUGUGGCUCAGGCUGGCAGCGGCGGGCAGUGGAAUGCCGGGAUCCCCAGGGGCGGCUGGCCGCCGACUGUGCCCAGGAGCUGAAGCCCAGCGACGUGCGUCCCUGUGCCGAUGUGCCCUGCCCACAGUGGCAGCUGGGGGACUGGUCACCCUGCUCUAAGACGUGCGGGAAAGGUUUCAAGAAGAGGUUGCUGAAAUGUAUUUCUUAUGAUGGCAGCGUGCUGCCACAAGAAAGCUGUGAGCCUUCCAAGAAACCAAAACACCUAAUAGAUUUCUGCAGUGUUACGGACUGCAGUUAAAUUGUUUAAGUUGGGAAAGCUAACAUGUUUUAUUAUUUUAUUUUCCUUCGGAACAGUGCACUGAAAAAAAAAAACAGAGGGCUAGAGGCAGUGCAUGUGUUUUUGCAUACAAAAUUCAUGGUGAGGAUCCAUUGAGGUGGGACAGUGCAAAUUGCUUUAGUUGGCAUUGCAUCCUAAAAAUACCCUGCCAACUGAAAGUUUGAUAGGAUAGCAGACCCAUGUCACUCGCUCAUCUUCAGCAGAUAAGGCCCAAGGGCAUUAUAAUUGCCUUUUUUAAAGUCUGUUACAAAUUAAACAAAAUGUGAGCAGUGCCUGAAACACGUUUAAGCAAACAUUUCGGGGUUUGGUUAUUUCUCCCUUCUUUUGGAUUUACAUUGUGGUACUGAUCAAGUCCCCAUGUGUAGGAAGGGGAGGGAAAGGAGAGUGGAAAAGAUAGCUUAAAAUAAUUGGUCAGGGCUUACCUACCUCACGAAGGGCAAAAAACAGGAUUGGAAAAGGAGCUUUAAAGAAGUCAUUCAUGGCUGCUAUUGUUUCAGAGAAUAGUUUUAUAUAAAAAUAAAGCCAUAUUCUCUACCUGUAAAGAGUAAGAAGUACCAAGAACAGUCAGUCAACUCCACGGCUAAUUAGAAUGUCACUUUUUCUAAAGUAUCUUUAUGUCAUCCCAAUGUGCCUGUCCAUUUCUCUCCACUCCCAACACCAUUGUGGUGACAUAUGUAGUGCAGAGGCUAGAAAAAGUGGAAAUCUUCAUGGAGCACGUAGUGUCUCAGUCUUUUGUGCCUUCUGCAUGCCUUCCACUGGCUUGUCUGAUUGGAACUCGGUCCUACCAUCCUGUCAAACAGCCUGAUGGCAUUUGUGAGCAUCUAGUCAUGCUUUCACGUUCAGAUCUUUUACCUUACCCCAGCCAAUGGAAAUUAUUUGCAUUUGAGUUAAACAAGCAAUCCCGCUAUGAAUGGGAACCUCUCCUAUGUGGCCUCUGAUGGGUUUGUAGUGCUCAAAUCACUGCUAAGGCGGGAAGACAAAGCUGAAGGAUAGCAGGUCCGUCCACAGCAAUAUGCCAACAUUCACAUAAAAAAAUGUUUGUGCCAGUCCAUAGACAAUGAGAGAAUAUGGCUUUCCAUAUGUAUAUAGUAAAAUAUAUUACUAUAGAUUUUAUGUACUUCAUAAGUAUUUUAUAUUUCUUUCCCUUCUGGGAAGGGUUAUAAUUUGUAAUAAAUGCAUAUAAUGAGCAUAUUUAUUUUUAUACUUCUUGUCUAAUGUGAUCUUCUAAGUUAUCGCUUUUUUAAAAGGACAUAUAACAAGGAUAGAGUAUUUAUACAGUAUAAUAUGUUACUAGAGGCAAUAAAUGAACCUUAUAAGUUUUGGAAA